GUAGUAAAGGCUGCUUAAGUGUGUGUAGUUGGAUUUUUUUGGAGUCCGAAGGUAUCCAUCCACAGUCGUUGAGGCCCAAGUUGAAUUUGGAUUCAAGUGGAUUCUAAAUACUUCUGCUUAUCUUGAAGAGAGAAGCUUCUUAAUAAACACGUUAAAUAGAGAAAACACUGACCGAUAAUAGGUAUUCUAGUGGUCUUUUAAAUGUUUUCUGCUGUGAAACAUUUCAAGAUUUAUUGACUUUUUUUUUUCACUUCCCCAUCUCACUCUCUCCUGCUCAAAGACACACACAGACACACAUACACACAAAAACACUCAUUUUUUAUUUGCCAUAAUGAACCGUCCAGCCCCUGUGGAGAUCUCCUAUGAGAACAUGCGUUUUUUGAUAACUCACAACCCUACCAAUGCUACCCUCAACAAGUUCACAGAGGAUUGGCCAUUUGAUGAUGGAGCUCCACCCCCUAAUCAGAUAGUUGAUGAUUGGCUAAACCUUUUGAAAACCAAAUUUCGUGAAGAGCCAGGUUGCUGUGUUGCAGUGCAUUGUGUUGCAGGAUUAGGAAGGGCACCUGUGCUGGUUGCACUUGCUUUGAUUGAAUGUGGAAUGAAGUAUGAAGAUGCAGUUCAGUUUAUUAGACAGAAAAGAAGGGGAGCAUUCAAUUCCAAACAGCUGCUUUACCUGGAGAAAUACCGGCCUAAGAUGCGAUUACGCUUCAGAGAUACCAAUGGGCAUUGCUGUGUUCAGUAGAGAGAAAUGUAAAUGGAGGCUGGCUGGAUUGCGGCAUUUAGAGGGAACUCUUGGUACCUGGAAAUGUGAAUCUGGAAUCUUAACUGUGUCAUCAAAGUAGUGAUGGAUUUAGUACUCCUCAAAGACUCUUCUAAUGAUUGGAUAAAAAGCAGACAAAACUAAAUCCCUCUAUAACGUGAAUAAAAUGUGUAAGAAAAGGAAAAGAAAAAAGGAAAAGGGAUUGAUUCAGUGAACAGUGAUUUUGCUGGUGUUGAAGUUGAAUUUCUGUCAGGAUUGAGUUAUUUAAAAAUCUUUUUAAACUUUUACAAAAUA